AAUCACAGCAAAAAAAACAGAACAUCUAAAACGAAUAGUUGUGAAGAUUUGUAAAGACGUAACAACGAGACAGGCAAUUGUUGCUGCAGCCACAUUUCAACGAAGUCGGCCACUAAGUAAAGAAUCAAGUGCGGAAAUCGCGAUAAUACGGCAUUAUGUUGCAAAUUACAAUAUUUUCAUUGGCAUUCUGUGUGCUUCUCACCGCUCACGUUAUAAACGGCCAAUCGGCAAAUAAUACCGCUCUACAAGAUCCCGAAAUUCAGGAAGCCCUACAAUUCUCACAAUCCAUCGUAAAUACGGCACAAUCGUAUAUUCAAUAUGACUUACCCAUCGAAGCCCGGCCGGAAGGUGAAGUUAUUCUGGCACAGGUUAAACAGGGUCUGGCAAAAUGUGAAGCCCUCGUCGAUUCGGUACUGAAUAUUUGGGAAUACAAGCAAUGUGCCAGUAUUUUACUAAGGGAUGCAAUGGCUGCUUUGUCAUCGUUACAGGGAAAAUAUCGACCCUACUUGGCAUCGUCGGCAAGUCGGCCAUCGUUAUUUUGGUGAAGGAAAGAAACACAAAAAGAAUUUUUAAAUUAACUAAAACUAAUUAUUGUUA